AUGUGGAGUGUCAACUUGAUCCUGAUAGCAGUGGUGGUGCUUCCGUCACUGUGGCUGUUGGCCUCGGUCUUUCAGAACCUUUGGAUUCCCCUGGUGGUCCUGGCUGCAGCCUUCCUCUUGUACGUCCUGGGCAAAUUGCUGGAGGGCUUGCAAUUCAAUUUCCAGCUCUUUGGUGCCAACACCACCUCGUCCUUGACGAUGACCAUUGACGCCGCGGAGCUGGAGGUGCUCAAGGUGGAGUUUCGAGAGCUGAAGGAGCAGUUGUUUGGGGAGGUGGAAAUCUCCGAGGGGAGGCUUGGGAAGUCCUUGGCCAUGCUGCGGAACUUGAGCCGCCUCGAUGCCAAGGUGCAAGAGAUGAGGGAUGUCCUUCGCAUGUUGGAGCACGAUCAGAGCAGCACCUUGGAGGAGAUCUUCCUCCGGCAGCAGCAGAAGGGCCGUGAGUUGGCACGCUUCGCGGUGGACCUGCUAACAGAGACGCUGACCGCCCAGGACUUUUGGAAGCAGCUGGGUCCUCACUUGUUGGCUGCUGGGGUCGUCCAACAUCUGGAUCCCGAGACGAUGCUCCGUCUGGAGACCGAGAAGGCACGUGCCCAGGAGCAGCUGCGGAUCGAUCGUGGCAUUCCCCAGAGCAUUGAACACAUCAGGGUGGGUGGCUGGAUCCGGCUUUACGAAGCGAUGGCGAAGGACUUCGACCAGUCCCUGCCAUAUCGCGCCUCCGUGUUCUUGGCUGUAUGCACUGCUUUGGUUGGCCUGGGACUGUUCUACCAGAUCAUGAAGCGGCGCAUGCGGAUUCCACGGCUGGUGGAUGAGACCUCGGUCUCCUGGCGGUUUCGAAGGAAGGGCGACGCAUCGGUGCGAGAAGUUUUUGAUGGCGAUCGACAGUCCAUGGAUCGGCCCAAGGUGGUGCUGUCGGAGGAGGUACGACAGACCGUGGAGGACAUGGCCCUAGUGGCCUCGAAGCGGAGGCACCGCUCCCACUCGCUGCCGCUGCCGCUGCCCAACGCCGUGUUCUUCGGACCGCCGGGCACGGGCAAGUCGCUCACGGCCCGGCGCUUGGCGGAGUCCUGCGGCAUGGACUAUGCCAUCCUCUCGGGUGGCAACAUCUUGGGUUUGAAGGAAGAGGCCGUCCCAGAGCUGCGCCGCGUCUUUCGCUGGGCGCGCAGGUCCUCACGGGGUUUGCUGCUCUUCAUCGAUGAGGCGGAGGCGUUCCUUUGUUGCCGGAGUUCACAGAGCAACUCCUAUGUGCAGGCAGCGGUGUCUUUCUUCUUGGCGCAGACGGGUGCUUCCAGCUCGCAAUUGCAGCUGAUCCUUGCAACCAAUCGCAUCCAGGAUUUGGAUGGCGCCGUGCUGAGCCGACUGGUCCUUCGCAUCGAGUUCGGGUGGCCCGACGCACAGCUCUUGCAACAGCAGGUUGACGACCGGCUGUUGCGCUUGGAGCCAAAGGCCGCGGAGCGCUUCCAAAAGCUCGUGAUGGAGCGAGCAGAGCAAGGCGCGGCGGGCGGACCGUGCACGUUGGGCGAGGCGCUUCAUGGCUGGGCCUUCAGCGGGCGUGAUGUGCAGGGCCUGGUGGAGGAGUUUGCCCGACGCUGGAGCCUUGAAGAAGAGCUUGGGCGGAAAGCCGACAAGGAGUGGCUGGACCGUUGGUUCCUUCAUCGUGGAGUCGCUUCCUCCUGA